AUGGCGGCAGCGACCUUUCUGCCUUGCCGCUUGGAACACCUCCAGGUCCUGCUUCCUCCUGCGCAACCGGAUCGGCUCCGCCUUCCGCGCCGGCGCCGACGUGGCGACGUCGGCGUCGGCUUCAUCAAGACGCUCCCGUCACCCCAGCAGCAGCAGCAGCGCGGCAAUAAAGGCUCCUCGUCGUCCUUGAGCCUGAUAACCAUCGUGUUCGGCAUCGUGUUCCCCACCGUGGCGGCCGCAAUCAUCUCCUUCCUGCUCUACGCCAUGCUCAGGAGGCGCCGGCCGCAGCACCUCAAGAAGAAGAGCAGCAGCAGCAGCUGGUUCAAGCUGCCGGCGAUGCUGUCGUCGUCGCGGGCGGCGUCCUCCGCCCCGUCCGACAGCGAGGGCCUGGACGAGGACGUGCUCAUCCCCGGCCUGCCGACCCGGUUCACGUACGCCGACCUGGACGCCGCGACGGACGGCUUCAGGUGGCAGAUCGGCUCCGGCGGGUUCGGCUCCGUGUUCCGCGGCGAGCUCCCCGACCGCAGCACCGUGGCGGUGAAGCCGAUGAACGGGCUGGGCACGCAGGGCCGGCGCGAGUUCCUGACGGAGAUCGCCGUGAUCGGCAACGUCCACCACGUGAACCUGGUGAAGCUCCGCGGGUUCUGCGCCGAGGGCGCGGGGCGGCAGCUGCUGGUGUACGAGUACAUGAACCGUGGCUCCCUGGACCAGACGCUCUUCCGCACCGGCACGCUGGAGCUGGAGUGGGCGGCCCGGCUGCGCGUGUGCGUGGGCGCGGCGCGCGGGCUGGCGUACCUCCACGCCGGCUGCGAUCGCAAGGUCCUGCACUGCGACGUGAAGCCGGAGAACAUCCUCCUGGACGACCACGGCGGCGUGAAGAUCGCCGAUUUCGGGCUGGCGAAGCUGAUGAGCCCGGAGCAGUCGGGGCUGUUCACGACGAUGCGCGGCACGCGCGGGUACCUGGCGCCAGAGUGGCUCAUGGUGCUGCUGGAGAUCGUGCGCGGGAGGAAGAACUCCAAGAAGCAGGGGGAGGAGGAGCAGCAUCAGAUGGCGAGCGGGUCCAGCGCGUCGUCGUCGUCAGACCGGGACGACACCGGCGGCUACUUCCCGGCGCUGGCGCUGGAGCUGCACGAGCAGGGGCGGUACGAGGAGCUGGUGGACCCGAGGCUGGAAGGGCGCGCGGACGUGGCGCAGGUGGAGCGUGUGGUGCGGGUGGCGUUCUGCUGCCUCCACGAGGACGCGGCCGCUGCGGCCCAGCAUGAAGGUGGUGUCCGCCAUGCUCGACGGCAGCAUGGAGGCCGGCGAGCCCCGGGCGGAGCUCCUCCGGUACCUCAGGAUGUACGGGCGCGGGCUGGUGGACCUGCGGCUCGCCGCUGCCGGGUGGAUGGACCAAGGGAAGCCCAAGGACGCCGGCGGCUGCUUCAGCAACAGCUGGUUGCCGCCGUCGUGCGUGUCGGCGCAGCAGCUCUCGGGCCCCAGAUGAUGGGACUGUCUGUCUCACACCGUACAAAUCAAAUCGAUCAGUGGCGUAGCUUCUCUCUUCUUUUUGUUUUUGGAGCCAAGAUGAUUUGA